AUGAAAAACCUUAAGAUCCCUUUGAUUACAUAUGGAACAAGCAUGAAUCACAUUAACUUAAAACAAAUAGAGGAAUCUCCCUAAAAAUGCAUUCAAAUAUAAUAAGAAGAUUCCUCAUUUAACAUUUAUUCUUGUAAUUACUUAGAACUUUGUAGAAACAUUCUAAUAAAUAAGAAUCUAAUUUUUUUGAUUUAAUAUGAAGAAUUAAUAGAAUUCGAUGUUAAACUAUAGAAUAUAUUUAAUUUAAUACAAUUUGCAAAGUAAGAAUUAUCAAUAAAUUAGAGUUAAGAAAGUCUUGUGUUUUAUUGUAUUAUCAGAACCAAUUAAGAAAUGUCAAUGGAAAUUAGAUAUCAUCAAGAAGUAUAUUGAGAUAAGUGUUUAAAAUUUUAAUUUUGCUAAUUAUAACUAGCCUAAUUACAAUAUUUAGUCUAUUCAAUCUUAAUAAAGCAUCUGUAAUUAAUUAAACUUUUUCUAAACUACACCUAAAGAUCCAGAUUUUAAUAAUCUUAAUAAUACACUAAUGUAAAUUAUAUCUCGAAACAAAAAUGAAUUAGAAGUUGCUUUAAUAUAAGGAAUGGUAAUCUUAUCUGAUUCAUGCUAUCUUGAAAAUUAAAAAGCAGAUAAUAAACCAAUUUAAAUAAUUGAAAUUGAAGGAUAAUUAAAUUAUAUAAAUUCUAAUGAAGAUAGACAAGUCUUAAGAAUUAAAAUCAGUGAUGAUUCAGAAUUGAAAGAUCAAUGCUUCAUCUCAAAUAAUAUAUUUUAAGUUAAACAAUAUUCUCCACAAAUAUUAUUCAGUCCUUAAUUUGAUUCAAUAGAGUAACGACAAAAGUUUUAUCUCAAUUAUAGAAACUCUUCAGAUUGGUCUGUUAUAAUUAGAAAUGAUUAAUGUAAAUUAUUAUUAAUUAUAUGUAGAUGAUAUAAAAAAAUUAGAAUUUGAUUCAUUUAGUGAUAAUAAUUUAAAAUUAACUUUAAAUACUUCAAAAUUUAUUUAUACUUCAAAGUUUUCAACAAAUAAUAGUUUCAACAUUAAUUGUUAAAUUCUGUAAUUAAUUAUAUAUUUAUAUUAGAAUAAUAAAUAAACAUACUGAAGAGAUAAUUACCUUUGGAUUAAUUGAAUAAGAUAAUUUUGAAAUUCACUUUACUCAUAAUAAACACUCUAAACAAGAAUUAUUAUAAAUGGAGUAAUUCUAUCUUCCAAUAAAUGAUGAAGAUAUAAUAUAAAAUAUAGAUAGAGGAGAAUUGUAAUAAAAAGGAAAUCAUAUUAUUAAAUGUAGAAUUUGUAUGGAAAGAUAAUCUGAUACAUUGUUGAUUCCAUGUGGUCAUUUACGUUAUUGUUUUGAUUGUUCAAUUGAAAAUUAAGAUUGUCUUUAUUGUGAAACUAAAAUUUAAUCAAGAAAGAAAUUAUAAAUCAAAUAAAUAGAUCAAAAUAAAAAUGAUCUAAUAAAAGAUUUAAUGUGGAGACAUUAAGAUUUAUUAAAAUGUUCAUUUUAGUAAAAUUUAAAUAUUGAACAAAAUUUAAAAAUUAAUGAAAUGUAAAAUUAAAUCAAUUUCAAUUAAUAUUAUUGUUAAAAAUGUGAUAAAUCUAAAGGUACUUAAUUUGUAAAUUGCCAUUAAAAUCAUUUAAUCACUUAUUGCUUAGAAUGCUCAAAAUUAAUAAAUAAAUGCGAAUUUAUCAAUUGUAAUCAAAAUAUUAUGUAAAAAGGACAAAUCAAAUUUAGAUUUUAAGAGUGA